AUGGCAGGAGACCAAGAACAAUUGAGUAACCACGGCAACGGAUUGGGGGCAGAUUUGAGGGAUCAGUUGAACCAGCGAAAUGCUCAGAGCCGGGAGAACGAAACGACACCACAGGCUGUGGGAGAACGAAACAACACGACAGCUGCCUCGGGUACUACUCACCCCGGAGCAACUCCACGCGAUCGGACGAGCCUUCGCCGAGGCAAGUCGAGAAGUAAGAGAACAAUCCGUCUCUCGACCACCACACCGCAAGACGCAACAUCUCAGAGGCCGGAAGACCGACAGGAGAAUCGACGGGCUGAAAGUCAACCAGUACAGUCCGUCCACUCCAGGCUGGGCCCGAGUGCUGGACGACAGUCGGCGAGAGAACGACUUGGACAGAGGGAUCCCAGUCGUGCACCGGCGGGCCCUCGAGAUCGAGAAGCCGGGCGCGAAAGAACUCACACUCGGAGAACCAGAACUCGAGCUCGCCGUACAGAGAAACCUGUUCGCAAUAAUGACCAACCGGUUGAAUCCGAAGUCGGCGAAAGCACAGAGUCGACUGGAAACCAUACCCGUGAUAGGGGUGAAGUAGCGCGCCUAACCCAGGAAGUGAGAAACCUAAAGGAACGGGUAGAGGGUAGGACCAAAUCCCCCUGUCGAACAUUAUUGACCACCUUUCCCUUCUCGACCGAGAUCAUGACAUUCAAGAUACCGGGCGAUUUUAAGUUCCCAGAACAGGCCAUAUUCGAUGGAUCCGGCGAUCCUCGAGAGCACCUGCUGAGCUACCAAGCCAAGAUGCAAGUCUUGGGAGUCCGGGACCCCGUCAUGUGUCGCGCCUUCCUACCCACGUUAAAGGGCUCGGCCCAGAGAUGGUUAGUGGCGCAGCCUCCGGGGUCGAUUCAUAAUUUCAAAGAGCUGGCCGACCGCUUCAUGAGCCACUACGCGGCCAAUAUCAAGCCGCAGAAGGACCUAACACAUUUGGGCGACGUCCAUCAAGAAGAAGGCGAGUCUUUGAAGACCUAUCUAGCUCGCUGGCAGAAAGAAAUCCAAUCUAUCGAGGAGGUCGAGGAUCAGACUGCGCUCACCUUCUUCAUUGAAUCCUUGAGAUCCAGUCAGUUAUACCGAGAUCUGCGGGAUAACCGCCCGGCUACCUACGCGGAAGCCAUACACAUGGCCAACAAAAGGGCCAACACCGAGCAGGCCAUGAAGCACAAACGUCAACGCGAAGUCGGAGGAUCCGCUAGCGGAAAGAAAAUGCGAGUCGAGAUCAAGGAGAGGCGUCCGGAAGCGACCCGGCGAGCCGAGGCCAGACGACCAUACGACAGACCCGUCGUGCACCCCUAUUGGCCGGCUCCCGAACGGCCAGUUCAUGAGAUACAAGCAGUCGCUCCACCUCCGCCGAUUGAUGACUGCACACGAACGAGGAGACAGCAAGGGAUCCCGCCUCCUAAUCAAUGGAGGCGAAGGUCAGCAACGCGAGAAGACAGUGAUCCCACAGUCGCCGCCGAGUGUAGUCGUGGCAAGCAGCCGGCUACUGAGGAAGAUGAGGCCCAGUGGCGUCAGAAGCCGGUUAUCAAUAUGAUAGUCGGCGGAUCGGAGGGCGGCGACUCAGCGAAUACUCGAAAGGCCUGGGCUCGCCAGUUGUAUGUCGGGACGGUGUACGGGCGCGAUGAAGGCUCGAAGAAGGUGUGCCGAGAGCCCAUCACUUUCACUGACAAAGAUUUGCCCACGGGAGAAACGCCGCAUCGAGAUGCUCUGGUUAUAGCGAUGGAUAUCAAUGGGGUAGUCGUUCGCCGGAUCCUGGUUGACACUGGGAGCAGCGUCAACGUGCUAUACCUCGAGACUUUCGCCAAAAUGGGAUUAACCCGAGAACAGCUGAACCCCGUCAAAAUGCCACUCGCCGGUUUCACUGGGGACUCGGUGGAAGCAGAAGGAUCCAUCACCCUGCCCGUAGAAAUUGGCAGUUAUCCCGACGUACAGAAGCUCAACAUGAAGUUCAUCGUGGUGAAUCUAGCCUGCUCACACAACGCUAUACUCGGUCGACCGGGCCUGGAGGAUCUAGGAGCAUUGAUUUCCAUUGAGCACCUCUGCCUAAAAUUCCGCACACCAAGUGGGAUAGGCACGGUGCGUUGCGACAGGAGAUUCGCCCGCGACUGCUACCUGCAGGCCUGCAGAGGGAUGGGCAAGCGCGAGAUGCAGGUCCAUGAGAUCACGGAAAGGCCCCCAAAGAAGGCGAUGAUACCUCUCCCUGAGCCGGUCGUGGAACUGGAGGAGGUCGAGAUCGAUCCCAAUCAGUCAAACAGGCGGGUCCGAAUUGGGGUCGGCCUCCCUGAGGAAGUGCGAGAAUAA